GAGCAAAAAAAUUAAACAAUGCAUAAAUUACAAUAUGAAUAUACUGGCAUACGAAGCAACGGGGAGAAAAAAUAUGCCAUAUUAGAUCCUUCAAAAAAAUAUUCAGUAAUUUCAUUGAACAGAUUAAUAAAAGAUGGUAUAGAUAUAAAUAAUUUAUCAUUAAAGUCGAUUUUUUUACCCGAAGAAACGAAAGUUGUAGUUAAAGUAGAAUUAAAUCUUUUAAUUGGAAAAGAAAGAAUUGAAGAGGAAAUUUUGGUUAAUCUUUCAGAAGAGUCAAAAGAAGAAUUUUACCUGGGAAAUGAUUUUUUAUCAUCUUAUUCAAUAGAGAAAAUAGGCAAUUCAACAACAAAAUAUUAUGAAAUAGAAACAAACAAAAAUUUUUAUUUUUCUGUAGAAGAAUGUGAGAAAUCCCCUAAAAAAUUGUUAAAUUUUUUUACUAUUUCUUUGAUUAUUGCAGUUUUUGCAGUAAUUAUAUUCAAUUAUCAAUUUAUUACGGAUUUAUUAUUGCCUUCAGUAAAUGAUGAAAAAGGUAUUAUGCUACUGACUAGGCAGUCCUCUAAUUUUAAUUUUAGUGAAUUUAUAAUGAAUGCUGAGGAAUUAGGGCAUGAAAUAGAUUCAUUUAAAUUGCCAUCAAAAGAAAUGAUGAAACAAAAUAUUAAAAAUUGUUAUAGUUUGGCUAAUAAAUUUGACCAAAUUAUGGUAAUUCGUAACACCAUACCUCAAUUAAAGAAAAAUCUUAAUGAUUUUGCCUCAAGUUUGGAAAUCGCAGAAAAUUCCUAUGUGAAAAUAUAUGGUGAUGGACUUUGGCUUUUUUUGGUAUUUGAGAAAUGUAUUAAAAACAUUUUGGAUUAUAUCUCAAAUAAGUCACUUAUGACAUACAUUCACCGCACAAUAGAUUAUAAUGAAGAAAAAAAUCUUUCACGAUCUAUUGAUGUUUUAAUUGAAGCUUUAAAGACCUUUUGUUCUUCAGUAAAAGAAGCUCGCGAAGCUACAUUAAAAGCGGAAUCAUAUAGUACUGAUACUCAUAAACAAGUUAUUGAAGCAAGAUCUGUUCUUAAAGGUAAUCUUAGUACUUGGAAUAAAAUUAGUAACUAUGUUAAUUCAAUAAUUGAUAAAACUGGAGGGGAUAGUUUAAUUAUUGAUGAUAAAAUAGCAAAUAUAAAAAAUACCUCUGAUGAUUUGAAAGGAAUUGCGAAAGGUUUAUUAAAUUUUAAGGAAAAUUUGGAAAAGUAUUCAAACGUGUUUCAUAAUUUAUUAGCUAAUACGGGAUCUUUAAAACGGCUCGAAUGGAAUGAACAUGAAGUUAAUAAAACUACAGAGCUUCUGAAUAUGAUCAAAAAGAAUCACGAAAAUUAUAGGUCAAAGUCAAAUCAUUAAUACGUUUGUGAUGCCUGAUAUUGAUAAAUAUGAACAUUGUUAAUAGUAGAAAAGAUAUUUUUUUGCUUCUUUAUUUUAUAUUUUUGUAGUUUUUUCCUAAAUAAAAUAUAAAA